GUAAUCCAGUAAGAAAGUAGGCAAGGCCCGCCCAAACUGAAACCUUUCUCGAAUUCAUUAAACAAAAGCCCAGGUCCUGAUUAGCGCCGAAAUUUCACUGAAUAGAAACGGAACUGAUGAUGCAAAUUUUCUUCUUUUUUUUAAUAUUUUCUUUUGAGUUUUGAGACUUCUUCAUCAUCAAUUCAUCAUCAUCACGUUCGAGAUUUGUAGCAGAGAUGGAACAAGUUGGUAGAAUCUCGAGUGUUUGAGUCAAACAAUGGAGAAGCUGCGAAGAUUGGUGACCCAAAUAGCCCUCACGCCGCCUUCUGAAAGACUCACUAACCUCUCUCCCUUUCAAUUGUCACUCAUCCCACUCCUCUCCUUCGCUUCCUCCGUCUACGGCCUUGGUAUCUCUCUCCGCCGCGGUCUUUACCGCCUUGGUGUAUUCCGCAAGCACAGGUUGCCAGUGCCAGUUAUUAGCGUUGGGAAUUUGACAUGGGGAGGUAAUGGGAAGACUCCAAUGGUGGAGUUCAUUGCUCGUUGGUUACUUGAUUCUGGCAUUUCACCUCUUAUCUUAACGCGGGGUUAUGGAAGUGGAGAUGAGGCCAAAAUGCUUCAACGGCAUUUCCAUGGGACUUCUGCUAAAGUUGGUGUGGGUGCUAACAGGGCUGCCACAGCAGCUAAAUAUGAUUGUGUGAAUAUUUGUUGCAGUACAUCCUUCAAAGGGGCAUUUCAGAGUAACUCCAGGGUCUCAGAUAAAAUUGGAUUAGCAAUCUUAGAUGAUGGAAUGCAGCAUGUGUGCUUGUGUCGCGACUUGGAGAUUGUGAUGGUAAAUGCUAUGAUGCCGUGGGGUAAUAAGAGGCUACUUCCUCUCGGACCAUUAAGGGAGCCUUUGACUGCUCUGGAGAGAGCAGAUAUUGUUGUAAUUCAUCAUGCAAACUUGGUUGGUGAACAAGAUCUUGAGGCCAUUGAAUCAACCAUUCGAAGAGUUAACCAGUCCCUCCCUAUAUUUUUCACAAAAAUGGUUCCUUCAUUCUUCUUCAAAGCAGCUGAUUCAUCCUGUAAAUUAUCACUAACAGUAGCAAAGGAUUCGACUUUCUUAUGUGUUUCUGCAAUUGGUUUUGCCGAGUCCUUUGUGAGGACCGUUUUGCAGAUGGGACCGAAACAUGUUGAUAGACUGGAUUUUAGUGACCAUUAUUUGUUUGAUACCAAGGAUAUUGGUAUGCUUCAGAAAAGGCUUAGAGAACUUGAGUUAAAGUUUGCUGUGAAGCCAGUUGUUGUUGUAACUGAAAAGGACUAUGAUAGGUCUCCAGAAGUUCUUAAACAUUUGAAUCCUUAUGAAGUAUUGGUGCUCUGCUCUCAAUUGCAAUUUCUACCUCGCAAAAAACGGACAGAAGAUGAUUUCAAGGAGUUCUUGAGACAGCGUUUGAAGAAAUCCUUGGUGUGAAAGUGAAAAUAUAGAAGUCUGGAAGUAUUUAUAUUCCUAGGUUCACUAGAGAGGCGGGUCUCACGUUGGACCCAGUAUGGAACAAACUAUCCACACUCUGGUAGAACUGUGGAUCUGAGCUUGCUAGCUAGGAUGCCCUAUUUGAUUUGAUGUUGGUAAAGUCGACAUAUUUCUGACUUUGCAGCAUUUUUUAAGCUACUACGGAGUACAGAAUGUGAAACACUGAAUUCUGAAGCCAUUUAUACCAUGGGUGUGCGCCUACAGUCAAGUCGUUGUGAUGAUGUGGAGUUACUAUAUAUGAAGACUAAUGAAAGUUCUCUGAGCCAUUGGAAGUGAAUUGCUAUUUUUUUUUGUUUUUUUUUGGGGGGUUUGAAUUAUGCAUACAGAAUGUUGAUUCUUUGGCCAUGUAGUAGUAUUAUCAAUUAUGCAUGUUGACAUUUGACACACGUCAAAGAUGAGCCGUCAGCAGCUAUUUCAUUUCCAUUCUAGCGCACCGAAAAAUGUUUCCAACCACACGACUGAAACAUCCUUAAAUAUGCGAGGCAUAGAAUAAGAAGAGCGAGAUUUUUGACGGUGUUUGGGUUGGAUGGGA